GUUCAAUAAAUACAACAGAGCUUUACUUUUUUUUUCAUUUCUUUUUUUUUUCUUUAUUAAUUCUAUCUUUUACUUUGUAUCAAAAUGCCUACCGUUCAACUUCAAAACGCUUCUCAGCCUGAUUUUAAUUACUUGCCUAACCUCAAGAACUAUAACCAACGAACCCAAAGACGUUUGGCUGAAGAAAAACUUGAAAAAGAACUACCUGAAGGCUUUCCUGCUCAAUUAGAAGGACCUAAACUCUGGAAAGGAAGUGACUAUGAAGGCAAAGAGUCGGAAUGGAUCUAUCAGCUUAAUGAACAAGAAUUACAAGAAAUUGAUGACGCUGUCCAUGCCUUUGAAGCAACAGAGAAACCAUUCUCAGAAAUUUCCAAGGAGUCAUUUGAUUUGCCUAUCUUUGGCCCAAAGAUCAAAAAGCUUAUUGAAGAACAUGUAUUGGAUGGUAGAGGUUUUGUUGUCAUUCGUGGACUUAAUCCUGACAAGUACACUCGUUCUCAGAACAUCAUUGCCUAUACUGGUGUUUCUGCCUGGGUUGGUAAACGUGGUCUUCAAGGUCGACAUAUCAUUGCUCAUAUCAAGGAUCUUGUGCCUGAAGAAGGGCUGGAUGAUAUUAAAGCGGCUGCUUAUACAAAUGAUUACCAAGUUUAUCAUACUGAUUCCGGUGAUAUUAUCUCGCUUUAUGCUCUUGGUGUAGCUGAAGAGGGUGGCAGAUCCCGUAUUGCUUCUAGUUGGACUGUAUAUAAUGAGCUUGCCAAGACUCGUCCUGAUCUAAUUCACACCUUAUCUCAAGACUGGCCAUUUGAACUUGAUCUUCACAAGGACGAUAGACCCUACUUAUUGCGCCCUCUCUUGUAUUACGUAGAUGGCAAACUUAUCAUUCAGUACGCUCGUCGUAGCUUUACUGGCUUUGGCAAGAAUCCUCGUAGUGAAGAUAUUCCUCCUAUUACCGAAGCUCAAGCUGAAGCAUUAGAUGCACUUCACUUUACUGCUGAGAAAUUCAACCUUGGCAUUGAAUUCCAAAAAGGUGAUAUUCAAUACAUUAACAACUUGUCUAUCUUUCAUGCCCGUGAUGGUUAUACAGAUAGCGAGAAAAAUCAACGACACCUUCUUCGUCACUGGCUCCAUCCUGAAAAUGCUUGGAAAUUACCUCCUCAAUUAGAAGACAAGUGGAACAAAAUUUACCAUGAAGAAAGAGAAGAGAUAUUCCCUCUUGAAGCAACUUCCAAAAUUUUUUACAAAGAAAAAUAAGAUAUUCUCGAAUAAAUAAUUUGUUUCUCUCGCUCUUGUAAA